CGCCGCUCGUAUCAACACCUCCUAUUCUAGUAACGUCAACUCAACUGACAGCUCUUGCAAUCAGCUGUCAAGUACAGAAUAUUUUCAUCCGGCGAUACACUUAGAUUGUGGAGCAGCUUUCGCUUCCAUUCCCUGAAUUCCAGAAUGGCGAGCAUAAUUCGUGUAGGCAUUGUUGGGGUGCUAGGACGCCAACAAGCUGCGGCCCUCCUGACACAAGCCAGCGCACCGUCGAUGAUGCAGAAAUGUAACAUUUCCAGCAAAUCUGUCCGCGCCGGAGCAAGCGCUAAGAAACCUAAACCUUAUCCAUAUCGGGAGAAGGGAUACGGCUUGCUUCAAGCCAUGUUGGAUAAGACUACGAAGCGCUUAGACGAGAACUCGAAACUAAUCGUCGUAGAAGGUCCCAUCGCCGCCGGCAAGUCCAAGUUCGCCAAGGAACUCGCUGAUGAGCUGGAAAUGUUGUAUGUUCCGCAAAAGAACUUGGACUUGUUCUUCAUCAACGAAUACGGCUAUGACAUGAGGAAGCUGGACAGCCAGCUACCAGAGAGCUGUAGAAGCUUCGACAUCACCAACUUUUGCCGCGAUCCCAAGAAUCGGUUGGUCGCUGGUUUCCAGUUGCGCAUGUACCAGCAGCGCUACUCCGAUUAUGUUGAUGCCUUGGCGCAUAUCCUGUCCACUGGACAAGGAGUCGUGAUGAACCGUUGUGCGUACUCAGACAUGGUGUUCUUAGAAGCAAUGUUCAAGCACGGCUACGUCUCCAAGGGUGCUCGCAGCUACUACCACGAGGUCCGCGAAAACACAAUUUCUGAAUUGCUGAAGCCGCAUUUGGUCAUCUAUUUAGACGUUCCCGUAAAUAUUGUCAAGGAUCGCAUUCGUGCCCGGAACAACGACUACGAAACUAAGUCUCCCGCUCUCACCGAUGAAUAUUUGAACGACGUGGAACAGAUUUAUAAGCAGCAAUACCUGAAGGAUAUCAGCACCCACGCCGAGCUGCUCGUGUACGAUUGGUCUGCGGGUGGCGAGACGGAAAUCGUAGUCGAGGACAUUGAGCGAAUCGACUUCCUCAAGUUCGAGGAAGACAAGCAUAACAAGAAGAUGAAGGACUGGCGCUUCCCUAAAGAAUGGGACUGGUGCGAGGCUCGCAUGCUAUUCGCCCAUCAGAAGCACGAACUGAUGAACUAUUUCAAUGUGCCACGGUACGAUGUGCCUGAACUGCUGCGCAGCCCCGAGGAUUCGAAGAUUUGGCGUGAAGUUUGGUACAAUGCCCCAGGAAUGAAAUACGAUUAUGGAUACAAUGAAGACAUGGGAGACAGCGGACUCCUGACGAAAACGAAAGCUCGCCCACGUAUCGUUAGCUAAAUGAGAGUAAUUUAUGUGUAAUUGUUUUGCCGCCUGUUUCUAUUCCGUUCUCUGAUAUUCUAUUAAAUAGGGAACAGAAUGAA